UUCUUUCAGAAGAAUUAUUUGAAGAUUCUUUAUCUAAUAAAAGUGAAAUCUAUUGGAUACUAUCAGAAUAUGUUAUGAUAGAUAAUGAAACUUGUAAUCAACAGAAGACUGCUUUUGUAAGAUCUUUAAAAUCUUCU